ACAUCCGGGGUAAGAAGUGGAGCUGUUCGGUUAGCACUGGAGAGAGGGGGGCCGGGCAAAGAGUGAAGGAAGAGAGAGAACGCUGCGCGCACGUGAGGACAAAAGUAGAAGCCUGGGAUUCCUGGAGACUUUGGAAGGGCGGAGGAAAGGAGGGCCGGGGCAAGAAGGGAUUAAGGACCUAGCGGGAGUGAGCCCUCGGGUCCCCAGCCUUCCCGCCCCGUCCUGGGGCGCCCCGCGGCUGCAGCCCCGAGUCUUGAGCCAGGAGUCGGGGGGAUGCAGGGGGGACGCUAUCCCGCUGCCUGCCGCUAGAGGGCGCGUCCAAACUCGGCCGAGAGGAGGCGGUGAGCGGGCGGAGACGGCUCAGCAGCAGCAGCAGUAGCUGUAGCAGCCACGGCCACGGCCACUGCUACUGCCACUGCCACGGCCACCGCCACUCAGCUCGGGCUCCAGUCCCAAGUGCCCCUGCCCGCAGACUCCGACACUGCAGGCUGGAGGAGAGCGCAGCUCCAGGCGCGGGGAUGCGGCUGCUUGCUCGCUGCCUGCUUGGUGUCCCGGUUGUGCUUGCGCUUCUUACCUGCUCCCUGGCUCCUGCUGUGGCUGCUGAAGAUGUAAAGAAAGAUGCCAAGCAUUCACAGAAUUUGGGAAAAAGUAGAACGUCAAGUAAAAAUGACUUAGACUUAAAAGAAGUUGUAUUUGUCAUCCAGAGUCAAAGUAAUUCUUUUCAUGCAGAGAGAGCAAAGCAAUUAGAGCAAAACAUCUUAAAACAGGCUGCUGAUCUUACCCAGAGAAUGAUUCAGAGUUGGACACAUUGUAUUUUAUCAGAAGAAAUACAGGAGCUCCCCAGAGUUCUUCUUCUUCAUCUGCUGGAUAAGCAUGAAGGAGCAUGGACCAUACUUCCUUUAUUACCUCAUUUUUCCACAUCAUUUAGCAGAAACUCAUCAUGGAUUUUCUUCUGUGAAGAAGAAACAAGGAUACACAUUCCAAAACUCUUAGAAACUCUCCGAAGAUAUGACCCAUCUAAGGAGUGGUUUUUAGGAAAAGCAUUACAUGAUGAACAAUCAACAAUCAUUCAUCAUUAUGCCUUUGCUGAAGAUCCUACAAUUUUCAAAUUUCCUGACUUUGCUGCUGGCUGGGCCCUUAGUCUUCCACUCAUAAACAAGCUUACCAAAAGAUUGAAAAGUGAGUCCUUGAAGUCUGACUUUACAAUCGAUUUAAAACAUGAGAUCGCUCUCUACAUUUGGGACAAAGGCAGUGGACCCCAUCUUACUCCGGUGCCUGAGUUUUGCACAGAUGAUAUGAGCUCUCCUAAGGCUACCAAUUGUGCCACAAUGUUUCAUACUUUUCUACCGCUUUGUGGAAAUCCAGUGAAGGAGAUGGCUGUUUUUGUUGCUGUAAAAACAUGCAAGAAGUUUCAUGAUGACAGAAUACCUAUUGUAAAGCAGACAUGGGAAGGUCAGGCAAGACUCAUUGAAUACUACAGUGAUUAUGCAGAGAGUUCAAUUCCAACUAUUGAUCUGGGAGUGCCUAAUACAGAAAGAGGUCACUGUGGAAAGACCUUUGCUAUUUUGGAAAGAUUUUUGAAUCAUAGCAGUGACACAACAACUUGGUUAGUCAUUGUGGAUGAUGAUACAUUAAUAAGUAUCUCCAGGCUCCGGAAUCUGCUUAGCUGUUAUGACUCAACUGAACCAGUGUUUCUAGGAGAACGUUAUGGCUAUGGACUGGGAACUGGAGGAUACAGCUACAUCACUGGAGGAGGAGGUAUGGUCUUUAGCAGAGAAGCAGUCCGGAGGCUUUUGGCAAGUAAGUGCAGAUGUUACAGCAAUGAUGCCCCAGAUGACAUGGUGCUUGGCAUGUGUUUCAGUGGUCUGGGAAUUCCGGUGACCCACAGCCCUCUCUUUCAUCAGGCUCGACCAGUGGAUUAUCCAGAGGACUACCUUUCUCACCAGGUUCCCAUAUCAUUUCACAAACACUGGAACAUUGAUCCAAUAAAGGUGUAUUUCACCUGGUUGGCACCCAAUGGGAAAGAUGCCUCCAGUGGCAGGAAGCAGGCACAUUUUAAAGAAGAGUUAUAAGCAUCUCAUGCUGUCAAAGAAGAUGCUCAUGGUGGUGGAGAUGGAGUCUCUAGGCAUUCUUAUGCAAUGUUGUACUUAUAUUGCUUGAAUGUGCCAUGUUGCAUAGGAGACUUUAAGUCUUAGGAGUGAAACUGUAUAUUGUUCUAUUGCUUCAUUUGGGGGGCUGAAGCAGGGGAGAGGGGAGGGAUCAGAGGAAGGGGAAGGAUCUAACUUUGACUUUGCUUUUUCCUUUGUGAAGAUGUGAGAAUGGGUCUUAGAAUACCACCCCUUUGAUUUUGAAUCAUGGGAUUAUUAUAUUACAUCGUAUUUAACAGAUAUUUUAAAGCCAUGAUGAGGUAUCUUCAACAGUUCAUCCUGGGGAAAAUAAGAGUAUCACCCUCAGACUCCAUGUUGUUCCCUUAUACUGCAACACAUCUUGCAACAAGGGGUGACUUCUUGUUUAAAACAAUGUGCAAAGAAGAAUGAAGUGUUUUGGCACAAAUGUUAAUGGGAACCUAUUCCAAUUUUAACUUCUGGUUUUCAAAUAUACUACUAAUGAUGAGAAAUACUCCCUGGAAAAGGAGUAGGAAUGACAUUGUUGAUUAUGAAUGCUCAUAAAAUACUGGCUUAUGGAAACCUCUCUGGAAGUGAAUCUGUGACCUCACUGAUUUGAGAAUUCCCUCCCAGGAUGCAGAUUGCUGCUGCUGCCCAUCCCCUGGGACUCUUGCCCAUGUCCUCCCAAAAGUUUGCCACAGAGGCUCAAUUCAGUGUCCUGUAGUACUUCCUUGCUUUCUCCAGAUAUCAUGACAGUACCUGUGGAAAACCCUGGCUGGCUGCCCAUUCCUUGUUUUUGCUGGACAUUUUUUAUUUUUUACUUUUUAUUUGUUAAUUUUUUCAUUCUGUAUGUGUGUGAAAAGGAUUUUCUAAUAACCUCUUUAGACUAUAGGAAUUAGUCUACAGCCUACUGCUCCCUGAAGCUCUGUCUUUGUAGUCUGCAUACAAUCUCAGAAUGGACUCAUUGUUACCACAUGAUGGUGGCCAUCUACACCUGAAAAUAAGAAUAAAGUAUUUUACCUGAGUUGAUGAGGCGCAAUUUGGAUCCUAGGAAGUGAACUAAAUUUGGAUAUUCUGAGCCUGCUAUUUCAUAGUAGUUUUGUUUUGUUUUUGGUUUCACUGAAUGUUGCUUCAUAACUCUGUCUUGACUCAUUGUAGAACACCAUACCUUAACACAGGUGGACAGUGAGAGCAUUGAGUAGUUUUCCUGGACUCUUAAGGAAUGUAUUUGGAACAUGAUGUUUUGAAGCUACUUUCAUUUUUAAACCUCAUCCAAAUGAUACCUUAGUAAUGUAACACAUCCAUGUAAAGAGUAUUAUGUAUUUUAAAUCAUUUUAGUUUUUUAAUUCAGUUUUGUAAAGAUAUUUGUAUAAAAUCUGAUUUUAGUAUUCUAAUUUUUGUAAAGUAAAAUAUUUUUCUUUUCUUUUUGUAAAAAAAAAAUAAAAAAGACAAAUGGACAUGCUGUUCUCUAACUUCAUUGGCUAUACUUUUGUAACCAAAUAUAAGGUUUAAAAUCCAUAUUGUUAAAAUAAUGUUUUUUAAAGUUUUCCAUAUUUUUCCUGUAGUUUAGCAUUUUACUUAUUUCCAAAUUAAUCCAAAUUCCAAAUUGGAGGACACUGAAAUUGAUUAAUGACUGAGAGCUCUGUGCCCAUUUUGACUUGUAAUUUUGAAGCAGGGGUGCUUCAUCUCUUUGUGUGUGCCAAGGACCCCUUGGACAGUCUGGUAAAAUCUAGGAACCAUUUCUCAGAAUCAUGUUUUUAAAUGCAUAAGAUAAAAUCUACAAGAUUACAAAGGCAGCCAGUUGUAUUGGGAUAAAAUUAACAAAAUAUUAAAAAAAAUAAGUUUGUGGACUCUAGGUUAAGAACUGCUGCUUUAGAACAUUGAAAUAUGAACACUCGUUUAUGGUCAGUCAAAAUAAUGUGCCAGGAGAUGUCAAUAGAGCAUGAUUCCUGAAGUAAUCAUGCUUUAGAGAAGUGUGAAUUCUGCCAGGCUACUAUUAUCACUGUCAUCAUUGAUAUUAACAAUAGGUGAUCUUUAGUCCAUUUCCCAAGCCUAUAUAGGCUGCAGGUUCCCUAACCCUGGAGGUGGUCCACUAGGACCUGGCUGAGGAGAGCUGUUAUUUCCAAUGAUCAUAGAAAGAAUUAUAGCUCGAAUUUACAUGGCACUUUAAGAUUUCCUUAAAUAUCCCUAAGGAGAUAGGUAAUGUAAAUUAAUAUUAUUUCCAUUUUACAGAAGGGCAAGUUAAGAGUGAGAAAGGUAAAGUGAUUUAGGCAUUUUGGAUCAUAGAUCUACAGUUGGAAGAAACCUUAGAGGUCAUCUAAUCCAACACUGUCAUUUUACAGAGGAGAAAACAGACUCAGAGAGAUUAAACAACUUGUCCAAGGUCACUUAGGAAAUAAGUGGUAGAAUGGGAUUCAAACUGAAGCCUUGUCAGUGUGCUCAUUACAUCACAUGGUCUCUCAGAACCCGGAUAGCUGCCCAGAUCUCUUGCCUCCAAUUCAGCACUCUUGACUAUAUCAUACUUGCCCCUCUAAAGGACAAUGGCUCCCAGACAAUAGUUUACUUGAUAGAAUCUGAAUUGAUUGUGUGUAUAUGUGUAUGUGUACAUAUGUAUAUCCAUAGAGAGAAAGAAAUAGAUCCUACAUGAUACUUUCUUUCCUCUGUGUUCCUAUUAGUGCCUUCUUACUGAUAUGAGAGCACCUUCCUUGGGACAAUGGGAGUUGGAGUAAUUAUGUUUACUGCUUUAAACUGUAUAAGCUAAAGAUGAAUAAAAAAAAAUUUGAUAACGUU